AAGAAUAAAAAAAAUGUUUUUUUUAAAAUGGCGACCAAGUUAAAGAAACGACUUUUUAAAAUUGAAAAUAAAUUAAUGAAAUUAGAAAAAUUAGAGUUGAAAGAUUUAUUUUGUUCUAUUUGUCAUUCUAUCCUUAUAGAACCUGUAACUUUACCGUGUUACCACGAUUUUUGCAAACACUGCUUUAAUGGUAGUAUAGAAAAUAAUGCACUAUGUUGUCCUCUAUGUCGCUUGCGAAUUGGAUCUUGGCUGCGAGCAUCAACAAAAAGAAAAAGUUUAGUUAAUGUUGAACUCUGGAAUUUCAUUAAAUCAAAGUUUUCAAGAGAAAUCGACAUUAAGACGAAAGGAGAAGAUUUAUGUUUCCCAGAAGAAAAACCUAUGAUGCGAUUAAGUGCUCCUGGUGAAAUAAGAUUGGAAUAUGAGGCUGAACUAAAGAGGUUAAGGACUGAACGUUUACGACUUGAGCAAAAACAAAUUCAAGAGACUGAAUUUUUAAUUCGAAAAAUCCAAGAAGAAGAAGCUGAAGCACAUAAAAAAUAUUUGAAGGGUUUAAAGCAAGAUGAGACAUUAGCACAAGAAAUACAAAAUGAUAGUCUUAAAAGUUCAGCUCUUGAAGACAUGUCCAGAAAGAAAAGUCUGAGGGGUGCCAUUAACUAUACUAAAUAUAAGACAACAAAAAUUGAUGGUUAUUUGACAAAGUUGCAAGCACCUGUUACUGUCAAAAAUAGUCCAUUGUUAACAGAUGACAAUACAAGCACAGAUAGUUCUACCCCUAAAGUAUCUUCAGUCAAGCUGAGUGAUAAGGGAUCUCCUGAAAUAUUAGCAAGUUAUGGUAAAUUAUUGAAAAGUAGCAUAGACAAGAAAGUUAAAGAUAACACUGGGGUAUGGAAUAAAGAGAAUGGUGACACUGUCAAAGAUAAGGAAGUAGAAAUAGAAACUAAUUGCUUUAAAGAUGAUGGAAAAGAUGAUAAAUAUCCAAAAUCGAAAAAAGUGGUUCAAUCAUUAUUAGUAUCACUACCAUUGCCACAUUCUGGAGUACUUCGACACAAAACCAAUAAAUCUCAAAUUACAAGAUUGGGGAGAGGCAGUGUUGACUCUAUGCAUCAAGAAUUAUGCUAUUUCAAACCUAUUGAAGGAACUGACCCUACUAGUAUUAAUUCUAGUAAGGAGUUACCACUUCGUGUGCCAGGAGUGCAUGCAAAACAUAAACAAAUCACUGUAAAACAAGAAGUAGCACCAAGCAGGGUGCAGUAUAUUGAAGGUCUCUGUCAUCUGCGGAAUUUAUCCUUGUCAAAAAACUUACCCUCAGCAUUUGUCAUAGCACUUGAUAUACUUAGGGCAAAAGAUACUGCAAAGUGUGAAACAAACGUUAGAUCAUGUGAUAAGAAGACUAUUCCUUCAACAGGGCCUCCCUUUGUGUAUACACUCCCAGCAACAAGAAAUGCUUCUAAUAGAAAUAAACAAAUAUGCCAAAUAGAUGAAAUUGCUAAGGGUAACACUUAUAUGAGUACUACUAUACGACGUACUCGGUCAAUGGGAUGUAUAUCAAAAGAUGACAAUGAAACAACUCCAAAAAAGGCGAAGUUAAAAGACAGAAAGGUGUCAUCUGAGAAGAAGUCUUGUUUAAGAAGUAACUCCAAAAAGUCGACUUUUAAAAAAGAUUUAGACAUUUCUGAUUCUGUAAAUAAUAAUAAGGUUAAUUUAGCUGUAAAAAAUCUAUCUAGUCCAUUAAAAAAUUGUGAUCUUAAAAAUAUUUUACAUGAGCAAUUAAGGAUCGAAAAGUUAAUUGAACAAGAGAAGAGUGAUUUUGAAUUAGCGCGUAAAAUUGAAGCAGAGUGGAACGGACGAAGGCCUCGACGCUCGGCUGUCAAGAGGCAAGUUACCCUAAAUUAUACUCUCAGGCCUGCAAAAAAAUUAAAACUAUAAUAUACAAAAGUAUGUAUGAUGAUUAUGAAAUUCCAGUAUUAAUUCCAUUAUUCAUAUGCCGCUCGAUAUUUUCUUUUGACUACUCAAUUCAGUUUACAAUUAUAUAAGACGUAAAUACAUUGUAUGGUCAGCUUUUAUUUUAUGUUAAACCAUAUCGUAAAUUUUAUUUGGCAAUUUUCUGAUUUUAAAGCAUGAUAAUACUAGUUUACACAUUUGAAAUUUACUACAAGCGCCCACUAGUACAAAUGUACCAAAUAUGUCUUUUCCUGUCUAAGGCUGCAAUUGUUAGUCGUAGGCAUUUGUCGGCCUACAUACAAAAAAUAAAGAUAUAAAGUUUAAGUUUUUGGUGACUUUUGUGGUAACUUGGUGCAUGUAAACCUAGUGUCCUGAAUAUUAUUUGGAAUUAUUAUCUUCAUACUUUUUUUUAAUAUUUUAAUCCAUAAAAUGUAAUAAUUACAUAAAUAAAAUUCAUUAAAUUUUAUUGUUGGAGAUGGGUCUGUUUUUGGAUGUUAUUCAAUAUUAAAAUUUUGUAAUUCUAUCAUAGAUCUGACUAAUAAAGUUUAAAUGUUACACUAAAAAGAGUAGCUAACAAUGCACAGCAGUCAAUCUGAAAUAAAUACAUUGUUUCCAUAGCAAUGUGGACUCUGUUUUUACAUACAAAAUUGGUCUUUUUUUUUUUUAAAUAAAUCAUGUAUGAAUCUGUGAACACCAAUUAAAACGAAACAUGUUAUGCCCAAUUUACACUCAGCCCGAGUUGGCAGGGCAGUGAGCAGCGUGAGAGUGUAAAUACGAUACUUCCCAUGUCAAUGGCGCUGCCCGGUGCUCCCUCGAUUGUCGGUUUUUCGUGCGCGAGUCAAAGGACUGGCAGCGUGUGUUUACAUUCAGCCCUCUCGCUCAAUUGUCGCCCGGCAAUAUUUCCGGCAGCGCGAGUGGCAGGGGAAGCGGCUGAAUGUAAACGUAGCAUUUGAUAUUUCUAACAGUGAAGACCAACAAGAUUAAUAUUAUUCAUGAAUCUCGAAAAUAUGAUUAGAUAUUUUACUUAAAGGGCUUACCCGUGUUAGCGUUAUGGUGUUAGACAAAACUUUGUUGACUCGGAUCUGAUUCUAAUUUCUGAACCAAAUGAAUCUCGUGAUAUAUUAGCCACUUAUUGGUCUGUUUACAUAAUAAAAUGGUUCUGGUGCGACCAACAAACAACCAAAGCCUGGAGUCCUAAGUUUCAGUGGAAUCGAAUUGGAACGUAAUCGUAAUCAUAAAUCGUAGACGAUAUAAUAUAUUCGAUGACGCCCUUUAAUGGCAGUAUCGAAGGUAUUUGUUCGCAGAAGCAGAUUUUGGGUUUACUAUAAGUAAACGUUGAAGCUGUAACUGUAAUAGAAAUUCGGCUGAAGAUAGUGAAAAGCUGUGCCCAUCUGAGUUUACAAUAAUUUCAAGGAGCACAUGAUUUCUUUUUAACUAAGUAAUUAUAUAAUCAACUAAAAGUUGAAAAUUAAUACUGAUAUAUUUACAUAGUACAUAUAGUACUGUUUGUAUUAGGUAUAUCUAGAAAUGAUAAAUUCGAGAACGUGUUCAUAUUAGAAUCUAAAUGAUACGACUGAUUCUGAACUGAAAGAUGGAUAUUGUAACAACAUGUAUACGCAAUAUGUAAUCUUGAUUGGAAAUAUGUAUAAUGUAGAACAUAUUUAGAAACUGAAAUUAAUGUUGUAUAAAAGUUUAUUUUAUUGUCAUUGGUAUGACGAUCCAGAGAGCCUACUUUAAAAUUCCGAAUUCGAAGUCGUAAUUCUAGUAAUACUCGACUGAAAUUUAAAUUGUUUUGUGUAGCUGAUAUUUGUAAGUCGUAUUCACGUUUCACAACAGUCAAAUAAAUGUAAAACCACAGGCCGAAUGAAAAUUCUUACUAAAAGAUGUAACUUUUGGUCGAGAAUUUAGAGUUGUGAUUUCGUAAUGACCCCUUUAUAAUUAGGCGUAGAAAAUUGUGCUUACGCUUGCUCUUUAAACAAGCAAUUUCAUUCGCUCUUUAUUUUUGUGUGCGAGACUUAAUCUUAACACAUAACUAAACCUAACUAGCUUUGUUAAUUGAAGUGUAAUCUUUGAAAAAGAAACGAAAUAGAUUGGUCUCUUGUUUGCAGCUACUGGAAAGAAUAAUUUUAAUAUUAAAUGUUGUUAUAAUCAUUAACGAAAUUUGACUGACAUAAUUAUGUAACGGGCGUGGCGGGACUUUGCAAUAGAUACUUGGCAGUCGUCGAAUUAUGUUAUAUUUCUAGUAUUAAAGUUACAACUUUAUUAUUUGGGUAUCACUCAUUACCUUCCAAAACUUCAGUUUUCUGUAAGAAGUACAACGUUUUCAUUUUCUGUUCAUUUUAUGCCACGGUCCUUAUUAGGCUAUAUUUCGCUUUUAAAUAUUGGAUUACAUGUUGUUUCAUCUAAAUAUUAAAAUUAAUCUUUGCAACUUUAUAAUAAAAAUCAUAAAGAAAUAUAUCCAAUAAUGUAUCUUACUAUAAUCCACUAUAUAUAAUUAUGAAUCAAGUCUUUAUAGAAAUGACGUCUUCAUAGAUCUCAAUACAAUGUGAUUAAUUAGUGAUAUAAGAUUUUCAAAUGUAUCUCUUCAACUGGAUUAAAGAUGUACCACACUUAUAGGUAGUGCUCUUAAAUACAGUCUAUUUUUACUCGUUAAAAACCGUGCAAGUAUGUAAUUUGUAUAUUCGUCAAUUAAUAAAUGAAUGUUAUACUUGA